ACCAUAUUCACACUAUAGUAUAACAAAUGGCAAAUUAUCGGAAUAAUAGUAACAAUAGUGGGAUCUGUCAGUUUUACCAAAAGGGUACGUGCAAAUACGGUCUGAGUUGUCGAUACAAGCACGUUGAUACAAAUGACAACACUCAAAACGACAGUAAUUCAAUUGCAAACUUCACCAAUCCUCUGACUUUGGGUCAAAAGGAAAAGGAAAUCAAAGAUGAUAUCGCGUCCUUUAAAAUUCUAGAGCAGAAGCCGGUCCUUUCUUCUUAUGGGCUCCAAUUCCCAGCAACUGCAAAUUUGAUUGCGGGUAGAGAUGUAUCUCUAGAAGAACUUCGAUUACAAUACCUUGAGGCUCAAGCCCUGGGAACCAUGCAAGCUUAUGAGACACAAAUGGCUGCUAGAACUAAAGAUAUGGAGUAUUGUGUUGGGGAAAUUCGUAAUAGAGAACUGUUGGCCGCAAGAUAUCUGCAAGUCAGUGCUACCAAGACUCCAGCUAAACCUUUUAUCCCAAAAACAUUGGAAGAAAAUUUACAACAAUUCUCACAACCAAGUGCUUUUGGUGGACAAGGAUUUGGAAAUAAUGGUGGCUCAGUGUUUGGAAAUUCCCAACCUAGUUCUGCAUUUGGUAAACCAUCUACUUCGGGAUUUGGUGCUGCAGGUUUUGGUGCAAGUGCAAGUGCUGGUAAUAAACCAUCAGCGUUUGGCAGUUCUGCAUUUGGUUCCUCCGGGUUUGGCUCUGCAUCCACUACUACAACCCCUACUACUAAUCCGUUUGGUGGUUCAUCUACUACACCAGCGUCUAAUCCAUUUGGUGGCUCUUCAUCUGCCUUUGGAUCUGCUGGAUUUGGAGCACUGCUGGCAAAACCUGAUACUACAAAUUCUACAUCUGCAUUUGGUUCGACUGGAUUCGGCCAACUGUCCACAAACCAAGCUGGGUCGUCAGCGUUUGGCAAUUCAGGGUUUGGCUCUACAGCCACCAAAUCUGCAUUUGGAUCAAGUUCAUUUGGUAAUGCAACCACUUCAAGUACUGCUUCCAAUCCAUUCGGUAGUACAACUGCUUCUCUGGGUGGGUUUGGAUCACUGGGAUUUGGAAAUGUAUCGAAACCCGCACCCUUUGGUGCUUCACAACCACUGCCAUUUGGUACUGCAACUACUUCUAACCCCCUGCCAUUCGGAACUACUGCGUCUUCAACCACAAACCCUAUAAAUCCACUGCCAUUUGGAGCUACAUCUGCACUGCCGUUCGGUGCGGUAGAUUCUACAAAACCCCUGCCAUUCGGUAAUGCAGCAGCAACAAAUUCAACUGCCCUGCCCUUCGGUAAUGCAGCAGCAACAAAUACCACUGCCCUGCCAUUUGGGAAAGCCGCAGCAACAAAAACGACCGCUCUGCCCUUUGGCAAUGCCAAUACAUUCAACUCGUCUUCUUCUGCAUCAGCCAGUCCACAACCAUUUGGAAUGUCAAAUGGCACAUCUGUGCCGUCUACAGGGGGGGCUAAAGAAGAUCUGGCUGCAGCCACUACAUACACUGAGAUAGACCUUUCUACGCUUAAAGCCGAAAUUUCCCAAGCAUUCAAUGCACCUGAAUUUCAAGUGGGACAUAUCCCAGAUAUCCCUCCACCUCGAUCUUUAUGUGCUUAAAUUGGGUAUGUUUCUACGUGGAACUUGUAUUAUAUAGACACCAU